CGUGUGGGGGAUCCACACACGCACGCGGACGCGCAUCCCAUUUUUCAGUAACUUUUUUUCGAGUUCGGACGUUUGAAUUUUUACGGGCCACAUGGAUUUUUGUUUGGUGUCAUCGAAGUGACGUGGGGACGGUGUGAAACAGUGAAACAAACAGAAAAAAUUUUUCGUGAUGUUCAGACGAUGAUCAUCGAAAAUGUUAAUGCGGAUCAUCGUGGUUGCAUUUAUCUUAACAAAUGUAUUGGCAGAGAGAACCUCAUUUCGCAUGUUCAACUCACUGAUCACCAGCAUGGGAAAAAACAGAAUAGGAGACUUCACGAUAAAAUACCCGAACCCCGACGAGGUGGACGUCAGAAGACAGAGACCCAUUCCCAAAUCGUUGCCAUUUCCAUGUGCCAAUAUAACUCUAUCGGGCUUGGGAAGAUCGCGGAGGAGGCCCACAAGUGUCCACGAGCUAAGACCAGGUGACAUCGACGUGGUGGGCGCCAUGGGCGACUCCCUGAUCGCCGGCAGCGGCGCCUUAGAAGAAUGGGCUCUCGGGACCAUGAUUGAAUAUCGAGGGGUCUCUUGGUGCGCAGGUGGCCAAGGAACUUGGAGGGAAUUCCUGACACUACCGAACAUUCUGAAGGAAUUCAACCCCAAACUGCGAGGUUACUCGACGGGCACGGGAGAAUUCCUUUCAUCCAGUAGUCAGUUGAACGUGGCAUUUCCUGUAGCUGCGGACGCUGACGCUCUUCGCCAAGCUAAAAUAUUGGUCAACAAGAUAAAGCGGGAUCCUUCAAUCGAUUUCCUCAACGACUGGAAGAUGAUCACUGUGUUCUUCGGCGCGAACGACAUCUGUUCCGGCCAAUGUUUCAACAAAGUCGAGGCUUCCGGACGCAGCCACGUUCGAAAACUGUCGUUGGCUUUAGAUUAUCUACAGAGGAACUUGCCUAGGACUUUCGUCAACUUAAUUCCAGUUUUAGACGUGACCGUGAGCGUCAGAAUAAAGAGAACAAUGAUGUGUAGAUUCCUCCACACGCUGUUUUGCGCCUGUUUCCACCAUCAGGGCGGAACGGAAUGGGAUACCAUAACGCAACUUACCAAAGAAUAUCAGAGGGCGGAAGAGGAGUUGGUUUUGAGUGGACGUUACGAUAAAAAAGACGAUUUCACGGUUGUCCUGCAGCCGUUCAUGAAGCUGUUCAACGCGCCCAGCGACCCGCUCCGCAGAAAUGAAGAAGUGAUCGAUAUUUCGUAUAUUACGCACGAUUGUUUCCAUUUCUCGCAAAAGGGUCACGCAUUAGGUGCAAAUUUGCUUUGGAACAACUUGUUGCAGCCAGUGGGUAGGAAAAGUACAAAAAGACUGAACUACAUUAUGCAGAAAUUUGAAUGUCCGAAAGAAAAUUCACCGUUUUUGUUCACGAACAAAAAUUCAAAAGUAUUUUUAGCUACUGGUUACCAAUAAUGAACUUUAUAAUGUUCGUUUAUAAAAAAUCUUAUUUUAAUUGAUUUUGUCAAACAAAUUAAAAAAAAAAAUAAAUUUUAAAGUUUAAUAAAUUAUUUGCUGUA